AUGUUACGCCACGACGAACACGACCAGGAGGCCCAACAACACCACCACCACGUCCCAACAAACGCCUUCCUCUCCCUCGGCCUCCAAACAAGCACAGCAAUCGCCCUGCACAAAAUCCCCGAAGGCUUCAUCACCUACGCCACCAACCACGCUAACCCCACCCUCGGCUUCUCCAUCUUCCUCGCCCUCUUCAUCCACAACAUCACCGAAGGCUUCGCUCUCGCCCUCCCCCUCUACCUCGCCAUCGGCUCCCGCUGGAAAGCCAUGCUCAUCUCUGCCGUCCUGGGUGGUGUCAGUCAGCCCCUUGGUGCCGGUGUCGCAGCGCUGUGGUUUAAGAUUCAGGGUAGAGGUCGAGAGCACGGCGCUGAUGAGGGCAUGGACACGAUCUACGGUUGCAUGUUUGCCGUCACUGCGGGUAUUAUGGCGAUGGUGAGCUUGCAGCUGUUGGGCGAGAGUCUGGAUUUGACGAAUUCGAGGCGCUUGUGCUUUGUUAGUGCGUUUGCGGGGAUGGGAAUUUUGGGGUUGAGUAGUGCGCUUACGGCGUAG